CCUCGGUCGACCCAUGCCAACCCUCUGUGUUCUCGCUCUCUCGCGGCUUCGCGCGCCCCUCCUCGCUAGUUUCUGUUAGAGCCCAGGCCACGCCCGUUUCCCGCCUCCAGGGCCUGGUUCGUUCCCGCCCCAGCCCUGCCCUUUUUGCGCCCCUGCUGCUUCUGCUGGAGGCGGAGGCUCCAUGUUGUCCCCUCAGCGAGCGGUAGCGGCUGCAUCGGGAGGAGCAGGUGAUGCUAUGGAGAGUGGAAAGCCUGGUCCAGUGCAGGUUGUUUUGGUUCAGAAAGACCAACAUUCCUUUGAGCUAGAAGAGAGAGCCUUGGCCAGCAUCCUCUUACAGGACCACAUCCGAGAGCUUGAUGUGGUGGUCGUGUCGGUGGCUGGUGCCUUCCGAAAGGGCAAGUCCUUCCUUCUGGACUUCAUGCUACGCUACUUAUAUUUCCAGAAGGAAGGUGGCCAUUCAAACUGGUUGGGUGACCCAGAAGAACCGUUGACAGGGUUUUCAUGGCGAGGGGGCUCUGACCCCGAAACCACCGGAAUUCAGAUCUGGAGUGAGGUUUUCACUGUGGAGAAGCCAGGUGGAAAGAAGGUCGCAGUUGUUCUGAUGGACACCCAGGGGGCAUUUGACAGCCAGUCCACUGUGAAAGACUGUGCAACCAUCUUCGCUCUGAGCACCAUGACUAGCUCUGUGCAGAUUUAUAAUUUGUCCCAGAACAUUCAAGAAGAUGAUCUUCAACAGCUGCAGCUCUUCACAGAAUAUGGUCGUCUGGCGAUGGAUGAAAUUUUCCAAAAACCCUUCCAGACGCUGAUGUUCCUGGUUCGAGACUGGAGUUUCCCUUAUGAAUACAACUAUGGAUUACAGGGAGGAAUGUCAUUUUUGGAAAAGCGUCUACAGGUAAAAGAACACCAGCAUGAAGAAAUUCAGAAUGUCCGGAAUCACAUCCAUUCAUGUUUCUCCAGCGUCUCCUGUUUUCUGCUACCACAUCCGGGACUUCAGGUGGCCACAAGCCCUGACUUUGAUGGCAAAUUGAAAGACAUUGCCAGUGAAUUCAAAGAGCAGUUACAGACACUGAUACUGCAUGUAUUAAACCCAGCCAACUUAAUGGAAAAGGAGAUCAAUGGCUCAAAAGUCACCUGUCGGGGACUGCUGGAGUAUUUUAAGGCGUAUAUUAAAAUUUACCAAGGAGAAGAUCUGCCUCACCCCAAAUCCAUGCUUCAGGCCACUGCUGAAGCCAACAAUUUAGCAGCUGCAGCCUCUGCCAAGGAUGUUUAUUACAACAACAUGGAAGAGGUUUGUGGGGGAGACAAACCUUAUCUGUCUCCAGACAUUCUAGAGGAGAAGCACUGCGAAUUCAAACAGCUUGCUCUGGACCAUUUUAAGAAGACGAAAAAGAUGGGUGGGAAGGAUUUUAGCCUUCGUUACCAGCAGGAGCUGGAGGAGGAGAUCAAGGAACUGUACGAGAACUUCUGCAAGCACAACAGUAGCAAGAACGUCUUCAGCACCUUCCGAACCCCCGCAGUGCUCUUCACGGGCAUCGUGGCUCUGUACAUCGCCUCCGGCCUCACUGGCUUUAUUGGUCUUGAGGUGGUGGCCCAGCUGUUCAACUGUAUGGUUGGACUGCUGUUAAUAGCGCUUCUCACCUGGGGGUACAUCAGGUACUCUGGUCAGUAUCGUGAGCUGGGCGGUGCUAUUGAUUCUGGCGCAGCGUAUGUAUUAGAGCAGGCCACUUCUCACAUCGGUAAUUCCACUCAGGCUGCUGUAAGGGAUGCAGUUGCUGGGAGACCACCCUCGGAUAAAAAAGCUCAGUAGCAUCCUAAUGAGAGGAUCAGACAAGAACCCUUCUAGCUCCCUCUGAUUUCUGGGCGUCUGCGACGGCCACAGGCCCAGGUCUCCAGGAGCGCAGACCCGGGACCAUCUGGGAAGAGCCGAAACACGGCACUAAUAAAUGAACAGACCUUUCCUGUGGUUUCAAAUUCUUAAACACACUUCCAUUUCCCUUGGAAGCGUUUCUUUUCCUUGCUGGUGUAGAUCCAAGCUUGUGUCUGUUUUCUUAUUACUCUCUGCUUUGUGCACUUUAUGGGGGAGAAAGCUAAAAGAACAAUGGAAAUGCGAUUUUAAGUCCUUUAUGUGCCGCUUAGUGCCUUUUAAGAUUGAACCCAUGCUUUCGAGGACUUGAUCGGGAGGAAAUUGAGGACAUUCACAUGAAAGAUGCUGUUUUGAGAUGAACUGUCAGUUUGUACCGUACUCUUUUGAGAAGGAUUCCUUUUUUUAAAAGUUUACAAAACUUGGCAAAAGCUUCAAAACUAAAGACUGACUAAAAAUGAUGCUAUUACGGUUUUUAAAUCUUACGAUAUUAGAGAAUUGUGUUUGCCACAUAAUAUGGAAAAAUUGUAUUUAAAUUAACCAUACACUGAAAUUUAAGGUCUGUUUCCUGGCAGGCUUGCAGUUUUGUUAGAACAUAUUCUGGUUUGUUUUUGUUUUUUUGCCUUCAUUCAUUCCUAUAGCUUCUUUCUAGAAAAGAGGCAGACAUGCCUUGAAAAACCAGAGCUGCUCAUAAUAAAAGGAAUGAGUGUAAUACUUUAAGGAAAAAACUUGAGUUUAAAUGAACCAUGUGACCUCUGAUAAGUCAUCUGAACUUGUGCCUUGGUCAGACUCGCUGAUUGUAGGUUUAUAACACAUAUGUGUAUUGUACAUAACUCACACAGUCGUCAUUCAUGAGAACAGAACUUUAUCAAGGACUAGAGGAAGGAUUUUUACCAAACAUGCUGCCUUUAAUCAAUGUCCCGUCUCAUGUGGCUUGGCAGUGCAUCAGGUCUUCAUCCACAGCGUUUAUUUGCAGUCUCCUGUUCAUGGUCUGAUGUUUUUAAUAAUGAAGCUAAAACUGUCAGUUUUAUUUAGUGAACCAUCGUUUAUUUAACUUUAUACGUGACUAGUCUGGUAGCUCUAAAAUAUCUUUGGCUUAGUAAGGACCAAGUCCCACCCAAGUAUGGAUAUAUAAUAUCUAGGAAGUAUCUAAAUUCUUUAUUUACCUUGAUUGUGUGAUAAAAAUUUUUGUCUACCAGUUGCCUUUUCCUUUGUUUAUCAUGGUGAAUUGUUGUGGAUUCUAAAACUUCAUACAACUUGCCUGCAAGUAUUUAUAUAAGCAUUCAGGUAUAUGAGCCUUAAUUCUUAAGGUAAUUUCUAUUGUUGUGGGAGGGAGGUAGGGAGUUAUAGGCAAAUUCCAAGUGUAAGUUCUAUAUACGUGAAGUAUGAAUGGAUGGUGGAAAAAAGUCUUUUCUAGUCUGUCAUCUCUUUAUCAAAGAGUAUUUUUCUUGACUAUUUUAACACUUUACCACUCAAGUAUUUUUGUAAGUUUUGAAUUAAUUCUAAGUGCUUAAUGUAUUUUUCACAUUUACAUACCAUCUUGCCCUGAAGUUCUUGCUAUUUUAUUCAGUCAUGGUUAAAUUUUAGAAAAACUCCAACUUGUUCUAAAAACUGUUUACUUGCAUAUCAGUAAUACUUAGCUUUAUUAAAUUAAAACCUUAGUUUUGAAAUUUUGGUGCAUUUUCAGGUGGCCUAUCAUAUUCCUGAAGAUUGAUACUUAUUUGCUAAAGGCCUUACAGAUGUUGACAUACUUAGCUUUUAAUGCACUGUAUAAGCAUGUUUAUAGAUUUCAGAAGAGUUGUCUAGAAUUAUCCUACUUUUAAUGAUGAGAAAAGGAUGCUAUGUUUAAAACUUGAAUACUAAAAUACUAGAUUUUUAAAAAAUAAAAAACAUGCAAUCAUGUAUGAUUUAAUGAAACCUUAGAUUUUGGUUACUGUUUAAAUUCACCAAAUUUCUGUUUUGAUCAUAAAGGAAUAAUGUUUAAUUAC